CAAACAUGGCGGACAAAAAUAAAAAGUAUGGAUUGUUUUUAUCUAAGAAGGGCCAAACGACAUUGGUGAAUAAAAGUAAGAAUGUAUUCGGUGAAGACAGUGAUGAGGAGAAUGAAAACGUUCCAGUUGUUAGAAAACCAGUUACAUCUCAAGAUAAAGUUAAAAAACAGACUCAGAUAGCUAUAGAUAAAGCUCUAUCUGAAGAUCCUUCUGUUUAUGAAUACGAUAAUCUCUAUGAUGAUAUGAAAGCUGAAAAAAAUCAGAAAGUAGAAAAAUCCAAAAAAGAUGUUGAUAGAAAGCCGCGGUAUAUAGCAGGGUUGAUGAAGGCAGCGGAAGUCAGGAAGAAAGAGCUAGAGAGAAGGACGGAGAGGAAGGUACAGAAGGAACGAGAGGCUGAAGGUGAAGAGUUCGCUGAUAAAGAGGAAUUUGUGACGUCUGCUUACAAAAAGAAAAUGGAGGAACAACAAGCAGAGGAAGAAAGAGAAAGAAGAGAGGCUCAAAUGGAAGAAUUGUUAGACGUAAAGAAACAGAAAGAUAUGAGUGGAUUUUAUCGUUAUUUAUAUCGUGAAACUACAGGAGACCCGUCAGGGGAGACAACUGCUGAUAAACCAGAUGAAGUAAAACCUGAAGACAUAUUUGAUAAAACGAAAUAUGAAGAUUUAGACAAAGAUGACUCUAGUGUACAAGAUAGUGACUCUGAUAGUGAUUCUAGAUCUGAAAACCCUGGAAGGAAUGAAACCUCAAAAAGUUCAGACAAAAUACAUACCUCAACAUCUCCAACCAAAGAAAGCAAGAAGCAUCAAGACAGCGAAAAGAGUCUUGCCCCGAAAGCAAGGGAAGAAACAUCUAUAAGUUCACAGAUGGAAGUGAGUUCAACCAAUGGGUUGAAUAAGGAGAGUGUAACAGAGAAUUCAGCGGAUUUAAACAACACAAAUAAACUAACAACUGACACAGUGAGUGAAGAUAACAUGACAAUAAAAUACGCCAGAAAAACUACUGAUGGUGAUUUUAGUGAGGCUAAGAAACGAUAUCUAGAGAGAAAGUUAGCUAAAGAAAGGGCCAAAUUAUCUUAGCAUUAAACUUAAAAAUAUACAGACAAUGAUUACUUUUAAAAUAUUAAUUUUUUUGUCUUGAGAGAAAUAAAAAGACUAAUUCUGUUCUU